AUGUCAACAGUCCAAAACUACCACGACGCGCUCUUGGCCCUAUCCGGCAACCCUGCCCUCGCAGCUGCAAGAAGUGGUCUUCUUGUAGGCAUGAGCGGCGAAGAACUCAUCGACGUCAUCACCUGUGGACUCAAGACUGGCAUUUCUAGAGAUGGCCUCAAUAUCAUCGCGGCACAGUUGUUUGACGAAAUUGCAGCGGCUCAAGCAGGCGGCGUGGUAGCGCCUGUGGAAGACAAUAAUAGCGGCGACGUCGCUGAUGACAGCGACGAUGUUGUUCGCAACAAAGGCCGGAAUCUUCGCAGGCGUGCAAAACGCGGAGGCAAAGCCAGCCCAGACCCCAAGACCAAGAGCAACCCGAUCAUCAACUACGAGCGCGAAGAGAAGAGGAAGCAAUCUUGCGCAAGCAGGAAAGAGGACAAGAACCAUGAGGAGGCGGAGGCGGAUAUCGUUGUCGGUGAUGAACCAGAAGGAGAUGCCAAUGCCGCCGCCGACACCAACGCCGACACCGAUGCAACCACCGAUGAAGCUGUACCCAUACCCUGGAAAGAAAUCCAAGAGUAUUCAGUCAUGUUCGAUCUGAGCCGCAUCGACAGCGAAGAUGGGUGCAGCAGUGACGAAGACUAUACCGAAGAGUUCGCUGAUACAGAGCUAUGGAGCGGAGGUAGGUUCAGAACUACAACCGAAAGUUCACUCAUGCGCAACAUCGAUGUGGUUUUCCGGGUACCUAUCGGGGAAGGCUUCGAGUUCAAAGAGCUGGACGAGUUCCCCAUCACAUUUGUCAAAGAGAUGACACGCAAGUUCAACAAAGACUACCUCAGAAAGCCGAAGCACAGGACGCAGUAUCGGAAGAUGAUGAAUGAAGUGGACGAUGCGGACACAUGUGUAUAUCGUCUACUCAACGCACCCUACCCACCAAAACCAAAGGUAGAUACUCCUGUUCAACCGGAACCGAAACCGAAACCAUUGUGGGAGCUGGAUGGACACGAGUUAUUGGAGAGGAUGUACAAUGAAGAGAGAGAGCUGUCUGAAGAAGAAAAGCAACGGAUACAACAAGAACAGAAGCAAAGCCAGAAGGAAUCAAAGGAGAGGGCUUGCUCUGCUUGUUAUCACCACAGGAAGCUGUGCGCUAGGUUCAUGAAAUCGGAUGAGGGUGAGCCCAGGUUGGUGAUUUACCCGUUUGGGCCUGCAGAGAUAAAUGGUGGAGACUGGCGGGGUAUGCGGUUCUGGGUACGCCAACCUGAACGGGAGCGUUGUUAA